AUCCGAACCAUUAAAGACGGAUCUAUCAAAAUACUGAUGAACAUGGAUGCAAAGAGGAAAUCAAAGCUCAAAUUUAGACAGUUGGUGGAUAUAUAUAAUCUUGAACACUGUCAAGAUGAUGAGUCAGUUCCAAGAGUAGUCAGGGAUUUGGACAGUCUUUCUGAUAUUACACAAGGUUCUGAGUCUGAAGAUUUUAGCAUGACAACACUGGAGAAGAUUCGGAAACAAUGCAAAGAAAAGAAAAGGAAACUUAGAAACUGCAGAGAUACUACUGAGACGGCCUCAAACGUUGAAGUUAAAAAAGAGUAUGUGACUCAAGAUGAAGGAUGUGAUAUUGAGGAGCCUCUUAGCAGUUGGGAUACAAAAUUCUCUAAGAGAAGAAAGAAAAAGCAGGAGCGUAAAGCAAAGUGUGCUACUUUUACUUCCUCUCCAUCUGUGGAGAAGGUUGAUUUGCCUGUGGUGUUCUUUCAUGUCAAGCCUGAAGCUUGGGAUGAUAGCUAUUCAGUUUCUGAAGCUAUGGAUUGUAGCGAAGAGUCGGAAUCUCCUACAAAUACAGUGUUGGUGGAAAAAAUAAUGCUUGAUUCGUCCAGGGACAUGAGGCUGGUUCCAUAUUGCAGUGCAGAGCCAAAUUUUCCUGGAGUGGUAGCCAUUGAAGAGCCUAUAACUACAAAGCCGUUAGAGGAAGCUUUUGAAGAUGCAUCAGAAGAGUUUGACGAUGCUAGGAAAGUGCAAUGCUGUCUUGCUGAUAAUAUUGCUCUUCAGGAUAAGCAAAUUGUUUUGUACGGUAGUGUGCCUAGAGAGGAGAUGGAAUUGGAUGUUAAUCCACAACAUUCAGAAUAUGAGAACUUUGGUUGUGUCGAGAACCUCAUUUCUUCUUACACAAGCUCGGGGUGCGAAGAAGCUAAAGAGGAUGAGGAAAGCAAUGAUUCAAAGGCUAGCUUAGACAUGAGCUUAACUGGUUUGGAGAUUGUCAAGAUAGAAGCUCCAGAAAUACUUGCUAUUGAUUACUCGGGUUGUUUGCCCAUCAUUAAUUUUUGUGUAGAAGAUUCCGAGAUUCUGUGGGAAACUGAAGACAUUACUAAAGAUGAUUUUCCUGAAGCAGCUGAUAUUCUCCAGCUGACCAACUGUUGUAAUUCACUGGAUAAUUUGCAACCAGUUCCUGAUGACAGCACAAUUUCAUUAGAAGAAGAUUAUUUGCCAGAAAGAUUACAACAAUCUUUAUACUCCAAACAUGAAGAUGAAGCAAGAGACCACAAGCUAUCACAACUCUAUAAGGAACCUGAUGAAUUUCAAAAAGUUGCAGAGACUGACAGUAUCCAGCAACAACAGCCACAUCACCAACCAGAAAAUCUACUCUCAGGGAGAAAGGCUUUAUCUCCAACCUCUCAAGAAAAACUUCGCAAGGCAAUGGAGCACCCCGAUUCCCCUGAGAAAAGGAGUAAAAAAUCAAGAGGGAAACUCUACUUCAGUAGUCAAAACUCACAUAGGAUCCUUAAGGCUCAAGGGCUGGAUACCAUCGACCGAGUGGAAAUCAUUCCAGGCUCAAAGCAAGCCAUUCAAAAAGCAAGUAAUGAAACUCGGCAAACGAAGUAUCAAAGAGCCACACACAAGUUUCCACGUCGAGGGACUCAAGCAGCAAAAGCACAGCCUUUUAGCACUGGAGGCACUUCUAUACAAGGAUGCUCACAGAAAGCUAUUGCCUUCUCGCAAGGGCAAAUGCGUGAUUUCCAAUGUGUUGCAGCUAGGCUCACAAAAGAGCUGAAAUCGAUGAGACAAAUUACAAAGAGAUGUCUGCUAGCUGAAAGCAACACCUCCAACAUCUCUGACUAUAACUUAGAUGAGGUGAAAACUGUGAUUGGAAAUGCAGAAAAAACUGAAGAGAGUUGCAAGAAAUGGCUUUCGAUUAUAGAGCGUGACUGUAAUCGGUUUUGCAAACUCAUGGGUAUGGUCAGAGAAGAUUCUCCAGCUACUGAGAACGUUGUUCAUAAGAAAAAGAAGAUUAAAUUUGCAGAUGAUGCAGGAGGAGAUCUUUGCCAUGUCAAGGUUUUUGAGAUUGAUUUGGAAUCUGAAUCAUAAACAAAGUCUGUAAAAUUAGUGUAAUGAAACUCUUCACACCAUUUGUAGAUUCAUCAUGCAUUGAGAUUUCACGAGAUAUAAAGCUUUUCCAAAAAUAAGAUGACUUUACUUAA